AGGGAGCGCGCUUGACUUUGGGCAUCUUGUGUGAGGGCAGCGAGCGAGCGAGCGAGCGGGCAGGCGGCGUUGGGGCACAUUUUUCCGGCUGAAGCGGCCACACUAUGAACCCAGCGCCGUUUUCUGUUUGUGUAGUGCUGCUGCUGGCUCUAACUGCUUUCACCUCGUCUUCGGCGUCUGAUGCAACUGCAAAUAAUUCAAGCCAAACCCCAAAUGCUACUUCUAACCCAACUACUGUGAAAGCAACCAUUCAACUUCCUCACACAAUAGCUACUAUGCAAACAACCAACAAUACUGGGAACACAACAACUAUGCAUAUAACCAGCAGGCCAGCUCCCACCAAAUCUGGGAAUAGCACUGCAACUACUACCACAGCAACUUCUGCUAAUAAUACAAGUGCUGGCAUUCCUACAACCGCGUUGCCUAUUGUUUCACAUUUUGAUGUUGGAAGUUUUGUAGGUGGUAUUGUGUUGACUUUGGGUGUCAUAGCUGUUUUCUACUUUGGACGAAGAUUUUGCGUUUCCAGAAGUGGCACUCGGUACAGAACCAUUGAAGAAACUGAAGCAAUAAUCUAAACACCAUCAAAUAAGACAACGCCUCAACAGAUUGUAUUGCUUUUUCCAUGAACUAGAAUCUACAAUUGCAACACUUAUGUUUUUUUAUUAAAAAGUCUAUGUUCCGAUUUCGGCAUCAUUAAAAUGCUAUCCUUUUGUAGAAGUUUUUCUACCUAAAAGCACUGUUGCAUUGGAUUAAUGUUUUUACAUUUUAAAGCAUGCAAUAUAUUUUUAAAAUCUGAAUGUGCCUUUUGAGCUUAACUGGCAGCUGGUGACCUGGUGUCAGAGUCUGAUGACUUAAUGUCAUGAGUAACAAUGCACUGAGUAUAGAAAUUCUCAGGGAUCCAGAGAUUAUCAUUCAAAGUUAGCUUUGGAUAUAAUCUAAAUGGUACAAAGCCAAACUUUACCCCUUCAAGAUUCAGAUUUUCUCAACUGGUUGAAAUGUCCAAAGCUAAGCUUUAGUUCUUCAGAAAUCCAAACUAUUCAGCCUUGAUCAUCCAAGACCAAAAUCUCAAAUGUUCAACUCAACUGAUCAAUCAGAAUGUCAACAUCAUAACUUGAUGUGCAGAGAAAAAGACUCGAUAUCUAAACUGUAACUGCAUAGUAAUAGAUUACAUAUUUUAUUACUGUUAAUAUUAGUGGAUAAAUGCUUAAUGAGUUUGUAAAAUAUUACUUUGCUAUUUUAAUGGUUGUCAACUCACUUAAAAUGCAUUGUAUGUUUUGUUGUGAAAGACACCAAUAGUAAUUUCUAGGUUGCCAACUAUAUUUUACUGAGUUAUGUUUGUUUUAUUGUUUAAAAUGUAUUUUUAAACUUAAUUAAAUAUAAUUUUGCUUUCUGUACUGAUCACUUAAGGUAGAGUUCAACUGGCCCUUAAAACAUUUCUGCUUUUUUAAAAUAAAGGCUUUAACUGCCAAAUCUGUAACCUGUGCAGCACCCUCUUUGAGCUUUUUGAGGUAGUGUGUGGUUAGAAAUUACAAUAGUUUAGAUGCCAGCUGCCUUCUCUGUUUGUUGUCCUGCUGAAGUUGCAUAGUUGCAUUUUAUAAAACCUGUACAGGACUUGUUAAAAUUUGAUUCACUUUAGUAAUGUGUGUUCCUAAUGACUUGAUUCCAGCAAUUUUGAAUUCCACUUAUUUGGUUAAGAAAAAGGAUUAUCCAUAAAAUGGGAUGAACUUUUAUUCAAUAUGAAUAGUUAAUGUCACACAUUUUGCAAUUUAAAAAUAAUAAACAUUACAAACCAGAA